UUGGACUAAACCUUCUACAAGCAGGACAACGAGAGAACCACUAUGAAAGGUGAACUAUAAUUUACUUUUUAGACCUUCUGCAAGCAGGACAACGAGAGAACCACCAUGAAAGGUGACUUGCUUUUGGUUUCAAGUAUCAUUGUACUAAUGCAUAUGGUAUGUGGAUGCCCCGAAAAGUGCCUAUGUCAUCAAACUUCAAAGACAGUGGACUGCAGGAAUCAAGGACUUGUUGAAAUUCCCUCCCACGUACCUCCUGAAACUCUAAUAUUACAGUUGCAGAAUAACCAUAUUUGGAGAAUCAACGAAAAUGCAUUCAGUGAAAUCCCUUUGCUCAAAAUUUUAGACUUGUCUAAUAAUUCUGUUUCAAAUUUGUCAUCGGGUGCUUUCCAAGGACUACGAUACCUACAGGUUCUAAACCUAACCAAGAACUUGAUUCAUUACCUAGAAAACAAGACUUUCAGUUCCCUCCCUCAAUUAAAAGAACUGGAUUUGUCCUCCAACAGUAUAUUAAAUUUGCCUGAAACUCUAGGAAAUAAUACAGGGAAUAUAACUUUAUUGUCUGUUAAGUAUAACAAGCUUCAAAGACUGGACAGAAUUCUGCUGGAAUCCCUCCCAAAUCUGAAAGUUGUUCUUUUCAAGAAUAAUCCAUGGCAAUGCACUUGUCAUGUCAUUGGCCUUAAACUGUGGCUAGAGAGCUUUUUAUACAGAGGAGGAAUAAGUGAUGGCAUUAUAUGCUCAACACCAGAAAAUCGGAAGGGAAAGGACCUCCUCAAAGUUCCUUAUGAGAUGUACAGGACAUGCCCUCCCACAGUGGCUCAUGUUCAUCUGGCUAAUAUUCAUCACCAUAGCUCUGAGCACAGAAGUUCUCUGAAGCAUACUCAUCACAAUGAAAAUGGAGAAAGUAGCCAUUCAGACUGUGAACCUAAACCGAAGCCAAGGCCAGUUAGUUUGCGUCAUGCAAUCGCCACUGUAGUAAUAACUGGAGUUGUCUGUGGAAUCGUGUGUCUAAUGAUGUUGGCAGCUGCUGUGUAUGGUUGCGCCUAUGCUGCAAUUACUGCUAAAUACCACAGAGAACACUUGGCCCCAGUAACAGCACAGGGGAGUCCUGAAGAAAAAGAGCCAUUUGAUAGUUCCUUGGCUUAAGUUACUUUUGGUCUUUGGUUUCACUCAAGUAAGACUUCUCGUUUCAAUCAGAAGCUUAGUGUCAACUAGGAUUGAUUUACUUGUUACUCCUGUAUUUUGAUUUUUCACAUUAAAACAGUUUCUGUAAAAUAGA